AUGGAUGAUGUUGCUUGUAAAAUUUUAUCGGAACAACAACACUGGAACAAGCAAAAAGGCGUGAGAUGUUGCUUCUUUGCUUUUUUUUUGCUUAAUAGAAAGAAGAUGUUAACUCUUUCGCAGAGAGUCCCGACCAAGCUCUCCUCACAUCCAGGACCUCCUAGUAGUGGUCCUGGUGCGGGUGCGCUUCGUGCGCCUGAGCGUAGGGGAGCGGUGCGAUGUAGUCUUUGCGGAUUGGAGUUUUCGGAACAUAGCUUUCGCUUCCACGCCAAGAGCUGUGCUAAGAUUAAGGCUAAGAGGUGGUCGGGCCCGCGUACGGGGCACGUAAGAAAUCCAUCGUCUUCCCCCGCAUCUUGCUUGGUCCUGUUUUUAAAGGGAAGACGGGGACCAAGAUGAAUCCCAUCAAGAUAGGUUGGGUCCUCCGAUUUAGAAGUAAGUUCUAAUAAGAAGAAUUUCGUCGACGUGGAGACCAUCACUGCACUCACUACUACAGGAGUCGCUCCUUCGCCUAUCUCACCUGGUGUGGAUCAAUUUAGGAAGACUGGAGGAGAAGGAGAUGGUGGUGGAGUCAGAGGAGUUAAGGUUUUGGGUCUUGUAACAAUGCUUAGCCUUAGGCUUAUCCUAAAGUAAAGCAACCGGUUAGCUUUCCCUAUAUGCUUAGGCUUAUCCCUUUAAACAACGCAUUUCUACUUCUAGACGAUGCACCAGUAAAAUUAUGAGGCUAGUACUUCACAAUGCUUCUGGUCUAACACGAACACGAGAUCGUUGAGAUUCUUCAAGCCGGCGAACGUGGAUUACUACGCUGGAGGGGAAGCGACGCCUGGCGAUAAUAUGGGAACAUUAAGGCUAGGAUUGUGGAAAAGAUCCUCUUGAGUAGUAUCUACCAAAGGCAGUACUUAGAAGAAUACCUCAGAGGAUGAGCUGCGAGGAUGCUACGACGGGGGGCCUUUUACAAAAGGCAUCAUUCAUCUAAACCUCGUGGAAGAGAACGAAGCAGAAGCAGCGAUUACGGAGCAAGAUUUGGUGCCCUGUACGCAUUGUGGGCGGACUUUUAGGCCAGAUCGGAUCGAGUACCAUGAAAAAAUCUGCCAACGUGCCAGGGAAAGCGAUCGAGCGCGGAGUUGGUCUAUACCGAAAAAUAAACGAGGGAAUACAUUACGAAAUAGAAGCCCGCAACUCGUCUCUCAUAUCAUAAGCUGCAAUGCUUUAUUUAAUAAUGUACAAAAUUGUAGGUGAUGUACUCGCACGCCUGACACUUUCACUUAUAUUCAUUAAAAUUCGAUGUACUCAUCCUCAUGUUCAUCUAACUCUAGCAACCUAUUACGGAGUGCUGGAAUCUUCGAUAACUGGUGCCGGAGCCUCUUCAGGAUCAUGUUCAAUGUCACCACAGCCUCGAAAAAUUGCUCACUCUCCUCUCCUACCACGAAAACGGUUCGCUGCUACAACGUCAAGUAGUUUUCUACUUUCUUCUACUAGAAAUAUGGCCACAAGGGAGCAGGAUGUUCUUGAUGGGAUGAAUGGAGGUACAGGAGGUGGAGGACUAGCAUCGGUUGAGGACGCCUUGAAUGGGAAGCUGAAUGGUACUCAGACGCCUUCUGUUCUGGCAGAUCCACCUCAACCUGAAAAUCAAACGACUUCGUCAUCUUCAACAAGUAGCCGAGUUCUUGGACCUUCGUCGCGUGAGAAUGAACCCUCUCGAUCACCACCGAAGAACAAGGCACGAGGUAAACAAGAUGCAAAAGUGGAAAUCACUGAAAAUUUCGGUGCUGGUAAUUUACAACCAGAACGGCCAGCAAAUGAUAAUGCCGUGAGGGGAAAGGUCGACUCGACCUCUUCAACAACCACUGGUGCGCGAAAUAGAGGUAGAAAGCAAGGUCCUGAAAAAAGCAGAAGCAACCAAUCAAUUUCACCAGACACGGGGCAGUUCGAGGACGCACUUUCGGCUCGUGGUACUACUGGAGUGAACUAAAUAACGUGGAUGAAUUCCUUUUUUCCCUUCCAUAUGUAUUUAUUAUAGAAUCUGCAAGACGAUUAUGUCUUUUCAUUCCAUCCUUGCUCCCUCAUUGUCAUUGUUUUUCAUUUUUCAGGUCUCCUACACGGCACCACCAUGGGAACCAACGGUAUCAACCAAGCUGCGCGUGCUCUUUCACAGUCGCCUCUUCGAGCUACUGGAUUCAACAAAUCUCGGUCUCUGAAUGGCGAUACACAUGCACCCGAUACUUUGUCGACCGCGAUAAAUAAUCCAAUGAAUAUGACUAAUCAAAGCAGUUUUUUCGGUAUGCCAUCUCCGAGAAACGCAAUGAAACGCACUAGCUCGAACUAUUUUGCACCAGGCAGCACGGCAACGGUGAACAUGAUGUUAUGAUGAGCUGAAAUGUAAGAGGAAGUCUUUCAUCCAUAUUAUUCGAGUUCCAAUGAACUAGAUGUAGAAGAUCACAGAGAUAGUAAGUUAGAUAGCGUUAGCGAAGUACUUAGCCAAGGCCUGCUCUCCACGCACUAUCUCUAACCCUGAGAAUGAAGAAAAGCAAAAGCACAGCUGGAAUCAACAAAACGUCUGCUACGACGCGAGCUUCGAAAAGGCACGCAGCAGAAUGGGUCCAACAGGCUGUUUCGCGGACACAAGACCUCGGGGGUGUAGCGUUUUGGGCCUCGCAUCCCAUUCAAACGAACUACAACAAUACUGGGAAUGGGAAUGGCGGUGGAGGAUUUGGAAUGGGGAGUGGUGAUGUUAUGGCUUUGACUGGAUAUGGGAUUUGUCCAAGAACUGUUCUUGCAGCUACCGACUGCUGUGAAUGUCUUCUAGCAGUGCCUUCUAAUCCUCGACCAUUGCAACGUACGGGAUUGAACGGUGCUGGCUUUUUAGCAGUUACAGGAGGUGGCUCUGGGGGUGGCGGAGCUUUUGGAGGCAAUUCUGGGAAUAUGGGACAAGUGCACAGUUCAGGGACGAUGCACAGGACAGGGACAAUCAUGAUGCCUGCAAGAGUUCCUGAUAGAUGAAUUUGAAAUGUUAAAGUUCUCCUUAGUGGGGAGAUUAUUGCAUAAAAUGAAAAGGAAAUCAAGAAGAGGAAGCGUACAGAAUGGCGAC